AUAAUCUAUUGAUAUGAGGUGCAUAAAGUGAUCAUACAUGAGAAAUAUACGAAAAGAAUUCUAACAAAUCUUGUAUUCAUACCAAUUCAAAUAUCAAUGUAUCCAUCUAAUCCAAUAUAUAGCUAAAAUUAGAUACCAACUCCAACGUCUUUCUCAAUUGUCCACAAAGUCUACUCUAUAAAUGCAACCCUUGGCAUCACACACAAUCACCAAGUACAAGUAACCGAGUUAUAUACAACGAGUCAUCAAGAGAAAGAAUCCCCCCAAAAAAUGGCCAAGUCAUUGAACAUCCUUAUUGCAGCUCUCUCGCUCAUUGCAUUUUCUCCUUUUUGUUUGUGUUCCAAAGCCUAUGGAAGUGGCGGCUAUCUCUUUCCUCAGUUUUAUGACCAAUCGUGUCCUAAAGCUCAAGAGAUUGUUCAGUCCAUUGUCGCUAAAGCAUUCGAACAUGAUCCUCGCAUGCCUGCCUCCUUGCUCAGACUCCAUUUCCACGACUGUUUCGUCAAGGGAUGUGAUGCUUCCAUACUAUUGGACAGCAGUGGAACCAUAAUCAGCGAGAAACGAUCAAACCCUAACAGAAACUCAGCCCGUGGUUUCGAACUCAUCGAGGAAAUCAAACAUGCCUUAGAACAAGAGUGUCCUGAAACAGUUUCUUGCGCUGAUAUCUUGGCUCUAGCCGCUAGAGACUCAACUGUUAUUACGGGUGGACCGAGCUGGGAAGUACCUCUAGGAAGAAGAGACGCGAGAGGAGCAAGCUUGAGUGGUUCCAACAACGACAUUCCUGCUCCAAACAACACUUUCCAAACCAUCCUCACUAAGUUCAAGCGUCAAGGCCUUGAUCUCGUCGAUCUUGUCUCCCUCUCAGGAAGUCACACCAUUGGAAACUCGAGGUGCACAAGUUUCCGACAGAGGUUAUACAAUCAAUCCGGCAACGGAAAGCCUGAUAUGACUCUUAGCCAAUACUAUGCAACACUAUUGCGUCAACGAUGUCCGAGAUCCGGAGGUGACCAGACCCUAUUCUUCCUCGACUUCGCGACACCGUUCAAGUUUGACAACCACUACUUCAAGAACCUGAUAAUGUACAAAGGUCUAUUGAGCUCUGAUGAGAUUCUGUUCACGAAGAACAAACAGUCCAAGGAGCUGGUGGAGCUAUACGCUGAGAAUCAAGAGGCCUUCUUUGAGCAGUUUGCUAAAUCGAUGGUGAAGAUGGGAAAUAUCUCUCCGUUGACAGGCGCCAAGGGAGAGAUCAGGCGUAUCUGUCGGAGGGUUAACCAUGCUUAUUAAUACAAAUCCAUCUUUAUAAUUUAUGUACAAUAUAAUGCUUUCGUUUCUCAUUGAGUUUUCAAUUUCUUUUGGCUUUGUUUGCAUGAGUGUGUAUCAUAUGUUUAUUACUCAAAUCUGAUUUUGUUUCGGAAAAAGAUUAUCUAUAUACUAUUUGCUUU